GUCAGUGCGCCGUCGCGCUGCACAUAGAGGGAAGGAAGCCACGUUGACAUCAAUUAGUGUCUUCAUCGUUUGAUAAACUAGAACACCGAACCGAAUCUUCCGUUCACCGUGAAUCUCGGCGGAGGUGUGUCUGUCAUCAGGAUGAGUGUGGGCUUCAUCGGAGCGGGUCAGCUGGCACAUGCCCUGGUCAAGGGCUUCACAGCGGCGGGUGUAAUUGCGGCGAACAGAAUCACAGCGAGUUCACCGGACACAGAUCUGCCGACAGUCUCCGGCCUGCGGAAAAUGGGCAUCAAUUUCACUACCAGCAACAAAGAAGCGACACACAAGAGCGAUGUUCUAUUCCUGGCCGUCAAACCGCACAUCAUCCCGUUCGUUCUGGAUGAAAUCGGUCCAGAUAUCGAGGACCGUCACUUGAUCGUCUCCUGCGCCGCUGGAGUCACUAUCAGCUCUAUUGAGAAGAAGCUGCUCCAGUACCGCGCGGCUCCUAAAGUGAUGCGCUGCAUGACGAACACGCCGGUGGUGGUGCGUGAGGGAGCGACGGUUUACGCCACAGGAACUCAUGCCGAGGUGGAGGACGGGAAGCUCCUGGAGCAGCUGAUGGCCAGCGUGGGCUUCUGCACCGAAGUUGAGGAGGAUCUGAUCGACGCCGUGACGGGCCUCAGCGGCAGCGGACCUGCUUACGCGUUCACGGCUCUUGAUGCUCUGGCUGACGGCGGGGUGAAGAUGGGGUUGCCACGGCGACUGGCGGUCAGACUGGGAGCACAAGCUUUACUGGGAGCAGCUAAGAUGCUUCUGGACUCGGAGCAGCACCCGGGACAGCUGAAGGACAACGUCUGCUCACCAGGUGGCGCUACCAUCCACGCACUGCACUUUCUGGAGAGCGGAGGCUUCCGGAGUCUCCUCAUCAACGCCGUGGAGGCCUCCUGCAUCCGGACCAGGGAGCUGCAGUUUCUGGCCGAUCAGGAGAAGAUCUCCCCCGCCGCCAUCAAGAAGACAACGCUGGAUAAAGUGCUGCAGCAGCCGGGCGUCUCGUCCACAUCAGUCGCCACCAAGAGCAGAGUGAACCUGUUCAACAACAGGAGCGGCGUCAAGAAGUGAACACACGCACACACAGGACGAUACAAGAACUGUGCUGCCUGUCCACACACACAUUCAGAUUGAAUGCAUUAUGGGUCUGUGCUUGUGCUGACAGUGCGCCUCCUGUUACACUGGUACAGUAUUACACCGGGAAACACGUGUCAUAAAGAGUGUUAUUAACAUUAUUAUUAUUAUUAUUAUUAACACCUUCAUAUCUUUAAAGUCCAUGAAAAUUCAAAGGGAAUAAUGGAAAUCGUUUCCAGAUGGGUUUUUAUGUCUAUGGUCACUUUGUUCUAGGAUGAAACUGGACGCAUGACAUAUUUUGACUCACGUUUUGCACACAUGAACUGUCAGACUUGUUGAUUUUGUUUUGGUUAACAAGAUAUCAGAACUUCCUUAAGCUACGCCCUGGCAACAACUCUAAACACCCUAUAGCAAUGCCCUGGCAAAACCUCAAAACACCCUAUAGCAAUGCCCUGA